CUUCGAUAUGUGCUUUUCCGCGGCUGCUUUCGCCUUCUAGACACUCGUCAUUCGAUCUCGAUUCCUCGGUGAUGAAACAGUUCCACGAAAUGACGAAUAAUCGCGUUCACGGAAAAUUGUUACUAAUUCUUCGCUUAAUAAGUCUGGCGUGGUGUGCACAAGUUGAGGAGACGAUCUCGAGCAUAGCGAUGUUGGCGCAAAGACCAACGAGGAUCGUCGGAGGGAGGGACGCGGAGAAAGGGUUGCACCCUUGGCAGGUGUCGGUGCAGUGGGGCGAUCCAAGGAGAAAAAUCCCGACGAAACACAUUUGCGGCGGUAGUUUAAUAACAGCGGGAUGGAUAUUGACAGCUGGCCAUUGCAAAACUCUGUCACCACCCAUGGGAGAAUUUCGAAUACUCGCCGGCAAGUACAAAUUGAAAAUGAUCGAGGAGACCGAACAGGAGAGAUUGGUGAACAGGGUGUUCGUUCAUCCACGAUACGAAGGGCGCGUAGGGCCGUAUGAUAUCGCAUUGAUGCAAGUGGAACGACCAUUCGAGUUGAAUCUUUUCGUCUCCACCGUUUCUUUGCCGUAUCCCGAUACGAUUCCCGUUGGAGACGCUAUGCUGACUGGGUGGGGUAGUAUUGGAAGGAGCCAGGCUCACGAAUCGCCGGAGAAUCUUCAAGCAGCCAUACUCCCGAUCAUUAAUUACCAAUUGUGCAACAAGAUGAUUGCGAAAAGUUUAAAACCGAAGGAAAAGAAUCCUCUUCAUCCGACGAAUGUCUGCACUGGUCCUUUGGAUGGCAGUUUGGCAGCUUGCAAAGGUGACUCGGGGGGGCCUUUAGUGACGAAGAACGGGUUCGAUGAAGCGGAGGUGGUGGGAAUAGUUUCGUGGGGUUUGUUUCCUUGCGGAAGGAAAAACGCACCCUCCGUCUACACAAGAGUUUCCGCCUUCAUCACGUGGAUCGCCAUAAUCAUGUUAAAUUACUCGUAAAUCGAUAAUUGCUAAGGAUAAGAAUUACCUCAAGAAUCAUUGUUAACGCUUGUUUGUUUUUUAUUCAAUAAAUAAUUUCCGUUUUCGAUCA